AUGGCGUCCGCCGCGCAAACCUCCUACCUCUACCUCGUCCACCAGAACGACGAAAUCUACGAAAACGAUGUCCUGCGCAAUCCGGGCAGCAUCAAGCCCUGGCUCGACUACGCGCAGUUCAAGCGACAAUAUGGCACCGUGCUGGAGCAAGCCUUUGUGCUGGAACGAGCGUGCGCCGCGUUGCCGCGAAGCUACAAACUUUGGAAGACGUACCUCGAGCUGCGCGUGCAUCACCUCAAGGGCAGAAGUCCUGCGCGAUGGAAGCAGGAUUUCCAGAAAGUGAAUGCGCUGUUUGAACGCGCGCUUGUCCUGCUGAACAAAAUGCCGCGCAUCUGGGAGAUGUAUCUUACUUUUCUUUGCCAACAACCCCUCGUCACCUUCACCCGACGCACAUUCGAUCGUGCACUCCGAGCACUGCCUCUCACCCAACACCAGCGCAUCUGGAACUUGUAUCGUCCUUUUGCGAAUUCCGCCGGCGGAGAAACUGGCGUGAAAAUCUGGAGGAGAUAUAUUCAACUGCACCCCGAGCAAGUCGAGGAUUUCAUCGAUGUCCUUGUGCAAGAGAAGAAGUACACCGAAGCCGUGCAGCGCUACAUCGAGAUUCUGAAUGAUCCUCGCUUCAAGUCAAAAGAAGCCAAAGGCCCAUUUCAGCACUGGACGGAGAUGCUGGAGAUCCUCAUCGAUCACGCUCGCCUUGUCCCGAAUCCCAUCCCGCUGCAGAACGGCGCAACGAUGGAUGUGGAGACCAUCAUACGCUCAGGGCUGGAGCGCUUCCCAGAUCAGAGAGGCAUUCUUUGGGUGGGGCUCGCGCGGUAUUACAUCAACCGCGGCAACUACGAACGCGCGCGAGACAUCUUCGAACAAGGCAUCACCACCGCCCUGACGCAGAGAGAUUUCAGUGUCGUAUUCGAUACAUACGCCGAGGCAGAAGAAGCCAUCAUCCAGAUCAAGCUUGAGGAUUCUGCUACGCGGCAAGAAAAGACCAAAGUGGACAUCGAUGCCGACACCGACCUGGACAUCCGAAUGAUGCGCUUCGAGCAGCUCAUGGAUCGCCGACCUUUCCUCGUCAACGACGUCUGGCUGAGGCAGAACCCCAACAAUGUGGGAGAAUGGCAGAAACGUGUGGCACUGUGGGGCGAGAAUAAGGAAAUGGUGGUGCAGACGUACACCGAUGCCAUCGCCGCCAUCAGUCCGAAGAAAGCGAAUGGCCGCUUCCACGAACUUUGGGCCAACUAUGCUAAGUUCUACGAAGUAGGUGGGGAUCUAAGGAAUGCCCGAGUGAUCAUGGAGAAGGCUGUGAAGGUCCCCUACAAGUCUGUCUCGGAGCUCGCAGAAAUGUGGACAGAAUGGGCAGAGAUGGAGCUGCGGAAUGAAAACUUCGACCAGGCCGUCAAAGUCAUGGAGACGGCUACCAAAGCCCCGAAAAAAAGCAAUGUCGACUAUUUCGACGAGACUCUCACUCCACAGCAACGCGUGCACAAAAGCUGGAAACUGUGGAGUUUCUACGUCGACCUUGUCGAGUCCGUCAGCACCCUCGCCGAAACCAAAGCAGUGUACGAACGCAUCUUCGAACUCCGCAUCGCCACCCCCCAAACCGUCGUCAACUACGCCAACCUGCUGGAAGAACAUGGCUACUUCGAAGACUCCUUCAAAAUCUACGAGCGCGGCCUUGACCUAUUCACCUACCCUGUCGCCUUCGAACUAUGGAACCUCUACCUCACCAAAGCCGUCGACCGCCACAUCUCCAUCGAGCGCCUGCGCGACCUCUUCGAGCAAGCCGUCGAAGACGUGCCCCCCAAAUUCGCCAAACCCCUGUACCUCAUGUACGGCGCGCUGGAAGAGGAGCGCGGCCUCGCGCGCCACGCAAUGCGCAUCUACGACCGCGCCACGCGCGCCGUCGCCGAUGCCGACCGCGCCGAAAUGUUCUCCUUCUACCUCACCAAAUCCGCUUCCAACUUCGGCCUCGCUUCCACGCGCCAGAUCUACGAGCGCGCCAUCGCCGCCCUCCCCGAUGCCGAGGCGGCGAGCAUGUGCGUCAAGUUUGCGGAGAUGGAGCGCCGGCUCGGCGAGAUCGAUCGGGCGCGCGCGAUCUGGGGCCACGCGAGCCAGUUCUGCGAUCCGAGGGUUGAUGCUGGGUUUUGGAAGAAGUGGGAGGCUUUCGAGGUGCAGCAUGGGAAUGAGGAUACGUUCAAGGAGAUGCUGCGGAUUAAGCGCAGCGUGCAGGCCAAGUUUAAUACGGAUGUGAGCUUUAUUGCUAGUCAGGCUGUUGCGAGGCAGCGGGCUAUGGAAGCUGGAGAGGAGGAGGGAGAAGAGGAGGAGGAGCAAGGGGUGGGUGGGGAGAAGGCGGAUGCCAUGGCUGCGUUGGAGAGGCAGGCCCGAGCGCCUGUGGGUUUUGUCGCGGCGAGCAGUGGACCAGAGGGCGGGAACCGGCCUAAACAGGCUGCGCGAGAGGAGGAUGCAGCGGCGGUCAAGAAUGCAGAUGAAGUGGAUAUCGAUGAUGAUCUGUAA